UCGAGCGCGGCGCGCUCUCUUCCCCGGUUUCUCAGUUUUCUCGCAUCCAACAUGGCUGGUCGAGGUGGUUACGAAGAUUCUAGGGAUUUUUCCGGUGGAGGUGGCUACCGAGGUAGCAGGAAACCUUUGCCCACUGAACCACCCUACACGGCGUACGUGGGAAAUUUACCCGAUGGAGUUGUUCAAAGGGACAUUGAUAAGAUGUUCUCCGAGCUGAGCGUUAAGAAUGUGAGAUUGGUGAAGGAUCGAGAAACCGACAAGUUUAAGGGAUUCUGCUAUGUCGAAUUCUCCACAGUGGCUGACUUACAGAAUGCCCUGCAAAUGAGGGGUGGAAUAUUUGUCGAGCAGCAGGAAAUUAAAAUUGACAUUGCCGAGGGGAAAAGAGACAAUAGGGGUGGAUUUGACAGAAAAGGAGGGCGCCCAGGUGGCGGUGGACCUGCAUCUGGUGGAGGUUUUGGUAGCUCUUCUAUGUACCCGAGAGGAUACAAUGAUAGAAGACAACAGGGUGGUCCUGGGGGAAGACCAGGUGGAGGUGGUUUUGGAGGUGGAGAUAUGAGAGGAAGAAAUCAAGGAAGUUACGGUAGUUUCAGUGAGGAUGGCAAUCGCGAUUGGCCGUCACGUGCCGGUGGUGGUGGUGGGUCUGAUCGUAGUGGUCCGAGAUCAUACGGUGGUGGUGGACCAGGGAGAAGUGCUCCUGGGGAGCGCAGAGGGGUUCCUGGUGAGCGCAGCAAGUCCUUCCAGGAUGAACCAUUCCUCCAAGACCCACCAGCAGACACAACCGGAAGAAAACGUCUUCAACUUCUCAAGAGAACUGUCAAAGAACCCGUCAAUGCACUAGCUGCAUCCAGCAAAAGCAGUUCAAUUUACGGUGGAGCCAAGCCACGAGAGGAAAAAGUUGGGGAGGACAAUCCCAACGAUGAAACUGAGGAUAACCCCGAAGCAGACAAUUGAUUUGGCUAAAUAUUGAAUUUGUUUUUAAACUGAUAAUUUUGUGUAAAGAAGAAAAAAAUUACAAAUCCAUGAAAACUAUUUUUUUCCCCCCACCUAAUUUUUGUUUAGAAUAGUAGUUUCAGUUUUGAGCAGUUGAUUAUCAUGAGAGAAUUAUUGCAUUGGGGUGAAUUAUCACUGAAUAAAUGAAUUAAGUAAAUAACGAUAGUGAUUUUUAAUUGAUGAAUGAAGCAUGCGUGAUUUAACGAGCGCGCCAACAAUUAUGCAUCAAUAAUAACAAUUUCAUUACCGAAGACAUUUUAUCAAUUCAGUUGGAUUAAUCGAUGAAAGGCAGGGUUUUUAUGGUCAUUGAGAACUAUUAAUAAAUAAUUGAUCAUGAAGACAGUGCCCUAUUAACACGAACGAUAAUAAAGUUACAGAAAUUACAAAAUAUAUGUAAAACAAUGCUUGUAUAUGGAUCAAUAUUUCAUGAAAAUAAAGUAGAUGUUUGCCUCAUAUAUAUCGAAAUUGUAAUGUACCAUAAAAUAAAGAUGACAAUUCAAACUGAAUGAUUUUAAAUAUCAUGAUAAUGACGCUAGGAAAUUUGUCUCUUGUAAUUUUCAUUGUAAAUGUUAAUUGUACCGGCGUUGAUGUAUUUUGUAAGUCGGCCUCUAAUAUACUGAUAAUUUAAUUAAA